UCUCACAAACGACCCUUACGGGGCUGUUGGCCGUGAGUUCGGGCCUCAAGGGGUGCGGCUGUCUGGGCGAGGACUAGCGGCUUCCGUGGGUUUCCACGCCGUCCCGUCUCCCGGCCGUGCCGGGCACCAGGCGACACGGGGGUUGGCGUCUGUGGGCCGGCAGCCAGGAGCGACCUGGCGUUCCCUGGGCUCGGCACCUGCCUUGGUUGUUCCUUUCGGUGAAGCGAGGGGCAGGAGGGCGACUUUGUUGUUGCUGUUGUCACAGCGUUCCUGUAUCCUUCGGGAACAAGGAAAGCUGUGUAGGGAGAAUACUUUUGGUCUUGCAUUUCUAUGACACUGACAUUUUCCUAAGUGGUCUUGAACAGCCUGCCUUUUAUGUAAAUAACUGGCUGGACUUUAUUUAUUUCUGUAUAUAGAAUAUAGAAGCCUAUAUUCUACAGUUGGCAGAGAUUGAAACCCAUUACUAUCAGGAUACCAUCUACCUUAAACUUGAGAACUCUGGCAACUUCUUCCACAAUGUUGAGAUACUGGGGUGAGAUACCGAUGUCAUCCAGCCAGACCAACAGAAGUUCCUUCGAUUUGCUCCCUCGGGAAUUCCGCCUGGUGGAAGUCCAUGACCCCCCAAUGCACCAGCCCUCAGCCAACAAGCCCAAGCCCCCCACCAUGCUCCCUGUCCCCUCAGAACCGUGCAGCCUCACCAUCCACACCAUUCAGUUGAUCCAGCAUAACCGCCGUCUCCGGAACCUUAUCGCCACGGCCCAGGCCCAGAGUCAGCAGCAGACGGAGGGUGUCAAGACAGAAGAGAGUGAACCGCUUCCCCCCUGCCCGGGGUCCCCCCCGCUGCCUGAUGACCUCCUGCCCUUAGACUGUAAGAACGCCAACACACCAUUCCAGAUCCGGCACAGUGACCCAGAGAGUGACUUUUAUCGAGGGAAGGGGGAGCCUGUGACCGAACUCAGCUGGCAGUCCUGUCGGCAGCUCCUGUACCAGGCAGUGGCCACAAUCCUGGCCCAUGCAGGCUUCGACUGUGCUAAUGAGAGUGUCCUGGAGACCCUCACCGAUGUGGCCCAUGAGUAUUGCCUGAAGUUCACCAAGUUGCUGCGCUUUGCUGUGGACCGGGAGGCCUUGCUGGGACAGUCCCCUUUCCCUGAUGUUAUGGAGCAAGUGUUCCAUGAAGUGGGCAUUGGCAGUGUGCUGUCUCUCCAGAAGUUCUGGCAGCAUCGCAUCAAGGACUAUCACACAUACAUGUUACAGAUUAGUAAGCAGCUCUCUGAAGAGUAUGAGAGGAUCGUGAACCCCGAAAAAGCCACAGAGGACAGCAAGCCUGUGAAGAUCAAGGAGGAGCCUGUGAGCGACAUUGCCUUUCCGGUCAGCGAGGAGCUGGAGGCUGAUCUUGCUCCUGGGGACCAGACUCUGCCCAUGGGGGUCCUUGGGGCGCAGGGCGAGCGCUUCCCAUCGAACCUGGAGGGUGAAGCAUCCCCUCAGGCUCCAAGUGCAGAGGUAAAUGCAUCUCCCCUUUGGAAUCUGGCCCAUGUGAAAAUGGAGCCUCAAGAGAGUGAAGAGGGUAAUGUCUCCGGGCACGGUGUGCUGGGCAGCGAUGUCUUUGAGGAGCCCAUGUCGGGCAUGAGUGAAGCUGGGAUCCCUCAGAGCCCGGAUGACUCAGACAGCAGCUACGGCUCCCACUCCACUGACAGCCUCAUGGGCUCCUCCCCUGUUUUCAACCAGCGUUGCAAGAAGAAGAUGAGGAAAAUAUAAGAGGAAAAUGGAUGUUUUCUGUCCUGAGCUACAGCCCCCAACAGAAUACCUUGCUGUUUGUUUGGUUCCA